AUGGUGGUAUCAUUCAGCGAUGAACGUAAAAAGCUCGUGUCAGAAACCUGGGGUAAAUUGCCAAACCGCGUGGGAUACGUCGAUGGUACUGAAAUUGCUUUGGCGGAAAAACCUUCUCACGACCCAGAAACUUACUUUUCGCGAAAGCACCAAUACUCAGUUAAAGUUCAAGCCGUUUGUGGCCAUUCGCUUCAAAUAAGACAUUUAGUGUUACGCUAUCCAGGUGGCGUACAUGAUGCACCUAUUUUUAGUAACUGCGAAUUGUCGAAUGACGCCGAUGUGCUUUUUGGAGGAGCUGAAUGGAUCGCAGGUGACAGUGCCUAUAAAUUGUCACGAACUGUUAUAACACCAUUUAGAGAAAACUCUAGAGAAUUAACACAGGGUCAGCGAACUUUCUUUAACAAAAUAUUCAGUCGUUGA